AUGCCGGGCAUAAGUAUCGACGUGACCUGUCACGAGCUGAACGUGGACCCAACCUUCAAACCGAUCAAGCAAAAAAGGAGGAAGCUCGGUCCCGAACGAUCUAAAACCAUUAACGAUGAAGUAGAAAGACUGCUCAAAGUAGGAUCAAUCGCUGAGGCGAAGUACCCGGACUGGCUUGCUAUUCCGGUGGUCGUGAAGAAGAAGAACGGCAAGUGGCGAUUCGAGUGGGACGAGCGAUGCGAAGCAGCUUUCGAGGAGCUGAAGAGUUAUCUAGCAAGCCCGCCGGUCUUGGCGAAACCAGUAGAGGGAGAGCCCCUCUUCCUUUACAUCGCUGUAUCCGCUACGGCCGUAAGCGGAGUACUGAUAAGAGAAGAGCGAUCCGAACAAAAAUCCAUCUUUUACGUCAGUCAGACAUUGACCGAUGCCGAGACUCGUUAUCCUCAGAUCGAGAAGGUCGCCCUAGCCGUCGUAGUAUCGGCUCGCAAGAUGCGUCCAUACUUCCAAUCACAUUCGAUUAUUGUGCUCGCGACCCUUCCGCUGCGCUCGAUCCUGCACAGCCCGAGCCAAUCUGGGCGGCUCGCCAAAUGGGUCAUAGAGUUGAACGAGUACAACAUCGAGUAUCGAAAUAGGUCAUCUGCAAAAUCUCAGGUGCUCGGAGAUUUUCUCAUCAAACUUCCGACCGAGGUGACAACCGAGCCAACUCCAGACGAAAUUUGGACGCUGCACGUCGACGGCUUGUCAUCUAAACACGGCUCAGGAAUAGGAAUCUGUCUCACCUCUCCCACCGGAGAGAUAUUGGAGCAAUCUUUUCGCCUAAAUUUUCACACCUCAAACAACGAAGCAGAGUACGAAGCACUGAUCGCUGGCCUACAACUAGCGCAUGGAAACAAAGUUUGGAAAAUAAGAGUCUUUUGUGACUCACAGCUCGUAGCAAAUCAAUUUAACGGAGAGUACGAGGCGAAGGAUGGAAGGAUGGGAGCUUACCUUAGAGUAGUCCAAGAUCUGGUACGAAAGUUUGACGAGUUCGAGCUCACACGAAUACCCCGAGAGGAGGUGGAAGGAGUUCGGCUGAUCAAUCCUCCCGAGGAAGAACCUGAGAACGGCGAAGCAAUCACCGUGGAAGAAGACGCCUUGCUAACCAAGCUGGAGUACGGCUGCGACAAGGAAUGGCUCGGAGUUAUCCGAGUCUACAUCGCCGAUGGAGAAAUACCAUCCAACAAGUGGGAAGACCGCAAAUUAAGGGCUCAAGCCGCACGAUACGUCCUCGUCGACGGAGAGGUGUUCAAAUGGAGAUUUUUAGGACUGCUAAUGACGUGUGUCGAGGGACCAGAAGCAAGAAAGAUAAUGCACGAAGUGCACAGCGGCGCGUGUGGAAAUCACUCUAGCGGAAGGUCACUCGCGAUCAAGAUAAAAUGA